AAAUGGAAACUGCGCAGAGCUGAGGAAAUAUUUCAAUCAGCACCCUGGGGUUCACAGAGUCUGAAGGAACGAAGAUGUCAAUAACUUCUGUGCUUUUUCGUUCAAGCCGAGGGACUGCUGCAGAUCAAAAUGAGAAAAAGCAAGACCCAGUCCACCAGGAGAGGAGAGAUCCAGAACCUCUUCAACAAUUACGCGUCAGGCCAGACCACGCUACCUGCUUGCUCCCUGCUCAGCUUCCUCCACAAGGAGCAGCUGGAGCUCGCUGCCGACGAGGGCACGGCCGAGAGUUUGAUCGAGAGAUAUGAAAUUGAGGAGGCAGCCAUAGAAAGUCAGUGUAUGACAUUUGAAGGCUUCCUGCGCUACAUGGAGUCCAAAGACUGUUGCAUCUUCGAUCAGACCCACAAGUCCGUGUACCAAGACAUGGACCAGCCGCUCAGCAGCUACUUCAUUUCUUCCUCACACAACACCUACUUGACAGGAGACCAACUAAUAGGCGAAAGCCACCUGGACGCCUAUGUUUGUGCUCUGAGGAAAGGUUGCCGCUGUCUGGAGAUUGACUGUUGGGAUGGGCCAGGGAUGGAGCCUAUCGUCUACCACGGUUAUACCCUGACCACAAAAAUUCUCUUUAAGGACGUCAUCUCAACUGUGUCACAGUAUGCCUUUGAGGUUUCUGUAUACCCGGUAAUCUUGUCGCUGGAGAACCAUUGUUCCAAGGAGCAGCAGGAAGUCAUGGCCCUCUACCUUACCUCCAUACUCGGGGACAAGCUGCUUGACCUGCGCUUGGAUCACCCAACCACGGGUGACCUCCCCAGCCCAAAUGACCUCAAAUAUAAGAUCCUGAUCAAGAAUAAAAAGCUAAAGCCUCGCGCUAGGAUAGAUGGAGCAUCGGGGACAGAGGACAGUGCAGAUGAGGGCUGGGAGGAGGAGGAAGAGGAGGAGGAGGAGGAAGAGGAGGAUCAACCGAGGAGAUCAAGGUUCUGGUCUCCUAGAAAGGCAGGCUCAAAGAAGAAAAAGAAGAGGGUGGUGGUGGCGGACGCUCUGUCCGACCUCGUCAUAUACACCGUGUCUGUCAAGUUCAUCAGCUUUGGUCACUCCCAAGACAGUCAGAACUCGUGUGAGAACACAUCCAUGGCGGAGAAAAAAGCCCGCAAGCUGGCCAAAGUUUCAGGUAAAGACUUUGUUCUGCACAACCAGAGAUUCCUCAGCAGGAUUUAUCCAGCAGGCUCCAGGACGUCCUCGUCCAACUACAACCCUCAAGAGUUCUGGAAUGUCGGCUCACAGCUCGUGGCACUCAAUUUCCAGUCGCCGGGAUUGGCCAUGGACCUUAAUGAUGGCCGUUUCCAAGACAACGGCGGCUGCGGCUACGUCUUGAAGCCUGCCGUGCUCAUGUCUCGUGAAAGGAGCUUUGAUCCGAGCUGCAGUCAACGCGGCGUUCCACCAACACACUUGCUGCUCAAGGUGAUCUGUGGGUCCAACCUACCAAUUCCUAGAAGUGGCAAGGCUCUCGAUCCUUUCGUCAGAGUUGAUAUUCAUGGGAUUGGAUCAGACUGCAACAAAAAAAACACAAACACAGUCAAAAACAACUCUUUGAAUCCUUUCUGGGAUACCGACAUGAACUUCCGCAUCAGCAUUCCCGACCUGUGUCUCAUCCGCUUUUGUGUCCGAGACCAGACCGGCUUUCUGUCGAGUGACUUCGUGGGUCAGUACACGCUGCCCUUCAGCAGCCUGAAGAAAGGCUAUCGCUGGGUACCUCUUCGGUCCCGAGACGGGUGCAACUUGGAUCCAGCCUCUCUUUUCGUUUUUGUCUGGUAUUCCUAAACCGUACUCACACGCACCUAUAGCAAAACACACACACGCCGCCAACAGAGACGAGUGUGGCGGAGCAGCAACAAAAGGAUGCAAAUAAAUCAAAGCAAUUGCA